CCCAGACCACCAGACAGCAGCAAGCAAGCCCAGGCCCCCCACACCAGGGGGCCACCCCCCCCAAGGGCCCCAGCCCCCCCCCCCCCAGACCCCGCGGCCCCCAGGCCAACCCACCACCAAACCCCCCAGCAGCAAACACCGCCCCACAGCACCAAAAACCCAGGCAGCCCCCCAGCCACCCACAAAACCCCAGACCAGACCCAGCACCCCACAGCAGCCACCCAAGGCACCCAGCACCCCCAAAACCCAGCCCCCAGCCCCCCGCCCCCAGCACAGGCACCAGCCCAAGCAGCCACACACAGCCACCACAGCCCCCCCCACCCCACAGCAACAGCAGACCCCAGCAAGCACCCCCGCCCCACCCAGAAACCACACCAGCCCCACCCAACCAGCAGCACCCCACACCAGCACCCACCCAGCAACCACCAAACAGCAACCAGCACCCAGCCCAGCACACACCCAACCACAAAACCCACCACCAGCCAGCAACCAGCCCACACAGCCCCACCCAACCCACACCACCACCCCACACCACAAACCCCAGCCCCACCACAACCCCACCCAGCACCCGCAGCCACAGCAACAACAGCACAGCACCAACCCCAACCACAAAACAGCCCAGCACCACCAAAACCCAGCGCCGCACCACACCACCCCCCCCACAGCAACAGACACCCACACAGCCCCACACCCCCCAGCAGCCCAGCACAGCCCCCACAGCACACAACACCGAGCAACCACCGAAGCCCCAACCCCACCCACCACACAGCCCACCAGCCACCACCCCAGCCACAAACCACCAGCCACCCACCAGCCCCACCAGCACCACCCCACCCACCCAACCCCCCCAACAGCACAGAAGAGCAACACACACAACCCAGCACCACCCAGCAACACCCAGACCCACCCCCCCCCCGCCACCCCCACCCCACAGCCACAGCCAACCCACCCACCAGCCCACGCCCCCCAAACCACCACAGCACCAGACCAGCACCCAGCCCACCAGCACCAGACAGCACAACACCACACCACCACAGACAGCAGCCAACAGCCAGCAACCACCAACCCACCCACAACCCAACCACAGCCACCAGCCACCCCAGCACAGCACACCCCAGCACCAGCCAGGCAACAGCAACGCCCCAGCCAGCACCGCCCAGGCACCACCCAAACAGCAAACACCACCCACCAGCCCCCCCCACCAACCCAACCCCCCAGGCCCCACACCACCAGCCACCCACACAACAAGCCGCACACCAAACAGCAGCAGCACCAGACCCCAGCACCACAGCCCCAGCACCCCAGCAGCAAGCCCAGACCAAACCCCAGCAGCCCCAGAAAGGCCCAACCCAGCACCGCACACACCCCCACCAGCCAGCACCACCAGCCCCAACCACAGCCACACAGCCCCAGCAGCAGCACACCCAGCACAAGCACACCCACACAGCAGAAACCCACAGCACCACAGACACCAGACAACAGCACCCCACCAGCCAGCCAAAAGCCCACAGCAGCCACAGCCACCCCAGCAGCAGCACCCAGCACAGCACCCAGAGACACCACCCCAAGACAGCCACCACCCACCCAGAAAAGCACAGCAAAGACAGCCCCCCACACCCCAGGCAGCACCAGACCCACCAGCACAACGCACCAGCAGCCCCACAGCCACACAGCACCCCCGCCACACCAGCACAACCAAAAGAGCACCCCCCACCAGCAGCACAAGCAAAACAAGCACACCCAGCCCCCACAGCCCCCACCAGACCAAAGCCAACACCAGCAGCCAGCCACCCAGCACCAGACCACCACAGACAAAAACCCACCACAGAACCCACAACCCCACAGCACCACCACAGCCCCACCCCCCGCCAGCACCAGCACCACCCCACCACACACCAGCAGCAGCACCACACCAGCACCACAGCCACACCACCAGCAGCCCAGCACCAGCCCCAGCCCCCAGAACACCCAGACCAGCCCAGCACCACCACCACCAGCCCAAGCAGCAAAAGGCCCCCCCACACCACAGCCCCACAGCCCACCAGCCAGCCCACCCCCACCACCCAGCACCCCCCAAACACACACCCCCACCACGGGCCCAGACACAGUUCCCCAAGCCCCCCAGCGACAGACCAGACACCACCAGCAACACACCAGCACACCACCAGCCCCCAGAGGCACACACAAGACCACACCAACACAGCCACCACCCCCAACCAGGCACCCCACACCACCGCCAGCAAGCAACCACCCCACACACCCCCCACACCCGGGCACCCCCCCACAGCAGCGGGCCCCCAGACCCAAACCACACCCCACCAGACACCCCCAGCCACAGCCAGCACCACAGCACACCCCCAACCCACACCAGAAACACCACAGCAGCCCCCAAGCAGCCCCAAGCAGCCACCCCAGCACCCACAGCGCCCAGAAACCAGCCAAACACACCACCAGCAGCAGCAGCACAACCCACCCCAGCCAAACAGCACCACCAGCACACAACCACACAAGCAGCCCACCCCAAAGCAGCCACACCCAGCACAACCACCAGCACCCACCCACGCAGCCCACAGCACCCCAGCCCAGACCCGCCCCCAGCCACAGACCAGCACCACACCCCAGCCCGCCCACACCACCAGCAGCAGCAGCACACCCCAGCCACAGCACAACACCAGCCACCAGCACCACCCCCAACCACACAAACACACCCACCAGCACCAAGCCCCACAGACCACCAGCCACCACCACCCCCCCAAAAGGCAACCAGCCCAGCACACAGACCCCAGCCCAGAGAAACACACACACCCAAGCACCACCAGCAAGCACAGCCCAGCCCCACCAGCACCCCAGAACCACCACCAGCAGCAGCACCCCCACCAGCAGCAGCAGCCCACAGCCCCCAGCACCACCACAAAGCAGCACCCCCCACCCCACAGACAGCAACCACCACAGACCCCCCCAAACCACAGCCAGCCCAAACCCAGCAAACCCAGCCCCCCCCCAAAAACCCAGCACCCCAGCCCCAGCACAGCCACAGCACCCCAGCAGGCCCCACCAAGCAAAAAGCCCCCAACCCGGGCCACACACAGCCCCCAAGCACACCAGCAAACCCCAGCCCACAGCCAAGCCGCACCACAGCACCCCAGAAAAAAAACCCACACCGGGGCCAAACCCAGAACCACCAAACCACACACCAAGCCAAGAAGCAGCAGCAGCACCACCACAGACCAGCCAGCACAGCCCCACCAGCCCACCAGCACACCCAGAGCACCCCACGGGCCCCCUCGACAGCCCAGCCCCACCACAGCCCACCAGCCACCAGCCACACAAGCCAGCACCCCCAGCCCCAAAAAGAAACCCCACCAGCAAAACCACAGCAGCACACCACACAGCCCACAAACCACCAGCACCCCACACAGCAGCACCACACAGCCAGCACCAGCCCCAGCCCCCAGCGCACACCAGCAGCCCCAGCCCCAGCAGCCCCAGAACAGCAGAGACCAGCCAGCACAGCAAGCCAGCAACCCAGCAGCACAGCAGCACCCCAGCCCACCAACCAGCCCACAGCCCCAGCACACAGACCCCAGCAACCCAGCAGCAGCAAAAAACCCCCCACGACACAGCAGCACCAGCAGCACAAACACCAGCACCACAGCACGCCACACAGCACCAGCAGAACCACACCGCCCCACCACAGCACCACCCACACCAGCCCAGCACAGAGCAAGAAACCCCACAGCAACAGACCCCACAGCCAGCACAGCACCACCACCAGCACACCCCCAGCAACAAGCCACAGAAGCAACACCAGCACAGCAGACAGCACCAGGGGCACCAGCAGCCAGCCCCAGCAGCGGGACACCCCCAGCAGCCCACACAGCAGCAGACAGCACACCCCACAAGCAACCCCAGCAAGCCACACAGACCAGCCACCAGCCAGCCCACCCAUCACACACCCAACCACCCCAGCCACCACCAGCAAAACAGACAGCCAGCACAGCACAGCACACCAGCCACCCAGAACAGACCAGCACCAGACAGCAAGCCCCACCACCAAGCCCCACAGCACCGCCACCCACACAGCACCCAAACCACACCACCAAGCAGCCACACCAGACCCAGCACAGCAGCAAGCACCAGCCAGCCACCAGCCCACAGCAGCACAGCACCACAGCCAGCACCAGCAGACACCCACGCCAGCAGCACCAGCACCGCCACCACAACACACCCAGCACCCCGCCCCCACCAGCCCACCACACCAGCACAAAGCAGCCACCCAGCAGACAGCAGCCACACACACCCCCAAAAGCCCACCAGCAGACAGCCAGCAGCAACAGCACCAGCCCAGCGCACCCAGCCACACCACACCACCCCACACCAGCCACAGCAGCCCCGCACCAGCAGCCCACCAACCACAGCACCCCACACCACAGCACGCACCCCCCCCAACAGACCACAGUAGGCCGCGGCAGAGCACAGCCCCCGCACCCCAGCAGCCACCAACACCCCACACCCAGCACCCCCAGCACCAGCACACAGCACACCCAGCGGGCCACACAGCACCAGCCACACAGCAGCCCCAGCACAGCACAAACAGCAGCAGCACCAACCCACCAGCACAGCACCCAGCAGCCCAGCACACCCACCACCCCAAAAGCCCAGAAACCCAGCAGCACAGCAACACACCACAGCAGCACACAGCACACAAGCCCAGCACAACAGCACAGACCCCCCACACCACCAGCACCAGCACACAGCCACAGCACACCACCCAGGCCACAGCACAGCCCCAGCAGCACCCCCCAGCAGCACAGACACAGCCACACCGACCACGCCCAGCCAGCCCACACAGCCAGGCAGCACCAGCCAGCAGCACCAGCAGCCCCCACCCCAACCCCAGCAGACAGCCCAGCACCACCCCACAGCACACCCACACACCACCAGCCACCAGCAGCAGCACAACAGCACACACAGCCAGCCAGCACCAGCCACACACACAACCCCACACACCAAGAACAAAAACAGCCCCACACCACAGCCAGACCCCCAGCACCCAGCCAGACAGCCCAGCACCCCAGCAGCACCACCGACCAGCACCAGCCACACAGAGCACCAAAGCCACCACCACACCCAGCACAGCCCAAAGCACCACCCACCAGCAGCAGCAGCCCCCACACACCCAGCACCAGACACAGCCCCACCCCCCGGGCAGCACACCAGCCAGCCCCACAACAGCACCCCCAGCACCCACACCCAGCACACCACACACACAGCAGCAGCAGCCCCAACCACACAGCCAGCAGCACCCCACACCAGAGCACCACAGCAGCACACCCAACCACCAGCCACACAGCGGGAACACCAGACCCACCAGCACAGCAGCACACACCAGCACACCCGCCCAGCAGCACGACACACCCCCACCCAAAGGCCACCAGCCACCACACCCACACAGAGCCAAAACACACAAGCGACCCCAAACAGCCAGCAGCAGCACCACCAGCCACACAGCCCACACCAGCCACGCAGCCCACCAGCCCACCGGGCCCACAGACACCACCACCACCCCACAAAAGCACCCGACACCACAGACCCACCCAGCCCAGACCACAGCCCACACACAGCCAGACCCACACCAGCAGCGGGCAAGCAAAACCGCACCAGCACCCAAAACAACACACCAGGACCACCACAGCAGCACCACCAGCCCCCAGACCAGCCACACACCACCCCAGACCACCACAGCAGCAACACAGCACCAGCCCAGCAGACACAGCACACACACCACAGCAGCACGCACAGCAGCCCCCCCCAAACCCAGCAGAACCCACAGACACACAGCCACCAGACAGCCAGCACAGCAGACCAGCCCAGCACGGGAAAACCACCAAGCAGCCGACACAGCACACAGCCAGCACAGCACAGCCCAAGCACAGGCCCACAGAACACCCAGCACCAGCCCAGCCAGCACGCACCCCACCGCACACAACCAGCCCACCAGCACCACAGCCACCACCACCAGCACCACACACCACACCAGCACACAGACCAGCAGACCACACACCACACCACACAGCAGCACAGCAGAUCCACAGCACCCCAGCCACCACACACACACCACCAGCCACACAGCAAACAGAAAAACCCAAACACCCACCCCAGCAGCAGCAACCCCACACCAGCAGCAGCACCCCACACACCACACACACCAAGCACACCCAGCCCCAGCAGCCCCACCAGCGCCCGCGCCCAGCAAGGCCCCAGCGCACACCCAGCCCGGGCAGCCAGCACCAGCAGCACCAAGCACCACACAGUCCACAGCCACAGCCCACCACACACAGCAGCCCACAGCACCAGACACACCACAGCAGCAAAAGGCCAGCCCAGCACCGCCCAGCACCACAGCCACCCAGACACAAAACAGCAGACCAGCCAGCACACGCAGCACCAGCCAAGCACAGCCACACCCCCAGCAGCCACACCACCCCAAAACCAGCCACCAGCACCACCACCACCGGGCCAGCACAGCCCCCAGCCAGCCCACCACACCAGCAGUCACCCCGCACCAGCAGCAGCACAGAGCCACACAGCACACAGCAGCCCAGACCCCAGACCAGCAGCCCACCCACCCCCAGACCGCACACCCAAGCAGCCCCAGCACGCCCCAACCAGCACACAGCCCACCCCCCAGCACACGCACCAACCCAGCCAGCCCCACACAGACCACAGCCGGGAACCAAGCAGCACACCCAGAGCAGCACCAGCAGCCACCAGCACAGACCAGACCAGGCCAGAGCACCCAGCCCAGCAGCACAGCAGCAGACAGCCCAGCACCAGCCCCAGCACCCACACCACCCCCCAGCAGACCACAGAAACACCCCCAAGGCCCACAGCACCCACCACCACAGACCCACCAGCACCAGCCCAAACACCAGCACCCCACAAGCAGCCACACAGCCACCAACACGGGCAAAGCCCAGCAGCCACAGCAGCCCCACAAGCAGCCACAGCACCAGCCAGAACCACCAGCCACCACCACAACAACCACCCCAGCCACCAGCACCACAGCCAUCACCAGCCCACGGGCCCACGGGCCAGCAGCCCCCACAGCCAGCACGCACAGCACCCCCCAGCACACAGCACCCCCACCCAGAGGCCACCAGCACCCAGCAGCACACCACACACCCACACAACAGCACCACCACACAGCCACAGACCAGCACCAGCCCAGACACACACACCAGCAGCCACCAGCACAACCACAAAACCCACAGCCCCCAGCACCGCAAGGCAGCCCCAGCCCACAGCCAGCACAGCCCCCACACACCACCCAGCACCACACAAGCCCACACCAGCCCCACACAAAACACCAGACCAGACCAAGCACCACACACAGCCACCACCCAGCAAGGACCACCAGCAGCCCCACACACCACAACAGCCCAGCCAGCAGCACAGCCCACCACACCAGCACAGCACCCAAGCACCACCCCAGCCACC